CGUAGUUUAGGUAGUCUUAAAUUACAAAAUCAAUGCCGAUGCGCCUCUGCUUCAGCUUCCCAUUUCCCGACGGUAAACGGUGAUCGGUGGACUCACGUCUGACGGUAACGGUAGUGGUGACCAACAGUUAACAGAAGGCUUAGGUAGAUUGCGGUAAAUGUCAAGAUUUAGAGCAAUUUGGCAAGCUUCUUUGAAUGCAACAAAGAAAGCUCUCACAUGGAGUGCUGAAGAUUUGUUGCCUCCAAAUGAGAAGCUCAUUUUUAAUUUUAAUUCAAAGGAAGAGCUAAAGAAAUGGCAUUUAUACUCUGAUUCUGAGUAUGGAGGUAUGUCCUCAGCGUCGUUGGAGAUCAUAGAUUCUGAAGAUGGUCAGAAGGGUACUGGGGUUUUCUCUGGGAAUUUAUCAUUGGAUGUAUCUGAGGGCACAAAGUGGAACAUAAACCGAAGUGGUUUUGGUGGAAUGCGGUCCAAGAAGUUUGACGGUUUCAUUGAUUUAGAUGCAUAUGACACCAUAGCUCUAAAGCUUAGAGGUGAUGGAAGAUGCUAUAUUUCAACGAUUUAUACAGAGAAUUGGGUAAAUUCACCUGGACAAAUGGAAGAUAAUUCAUGGCAAGCUUUCGUUCAAGUACCCAAAGACAAUUGGUAUAUUACAAAGAUUCCUCUUGCUCGAUAUUUGCCAACAUGGAGAGGAAAUGUGAUAGAUGCAGAGAUGGAAAUGAAUCAAUCCCGUAUUCUAGGCAUGUCCCUAUCUGUUAAUGCAAGUAGUGUUGUUCCCGGUGCUACUUCCGGACCAGGUGAUUUCAAAGUCGAAAUUGAUUGGAUCAAGGCCUUGAGAACAAUACAGUGAAUCGUCAAAAACCGCUUUGGGAACAUUCCUAAUUUGCUGAUCUAAGCAUUCAUUAUAGGUGCAUUCUUAUGCUUUGCACUCAUUUUUCCUGUAAUUCUCCUUGGGUCAUCAAAUGUUGUUUCUUAUGAUAAUGUGUCCAUCAGACAUAAUUAUCUGUCUAUUCCUAGACCUUAUCAAAAUAAGGGCUACGUGGGGCUUAAUUUUA